AUGAAGCCCUCUUUCCUCACCCUCGUUGGUCUGCUGGCCGCCUCCGUCGCAUCAAACCCGGUGCCGGCCAGCAACGUCGCCGCCCUCGCGGCCAGGGGCGGCGCCAACAACGCCAACAGCGAGAACAACAACGCCAACGGCGCUGGCUGCGAAGCCGGCAACGCCGGCAACGCCGGGAACCAGGGCGACCAAAAGGCCGGCAAGGGCAAGGAGAACGGCAAGCAGAACGGCAAGGAAAAUGGUAAAGAGAACGGCAAGCAGAACGGCAAGGAAAACGGCAAGCAGAAGGGUCAAGACAAGGGCAAGCAGAACGGGAACAAAGGUGGUGCCGGGGCCGGGGCCGGAGGCGCUGCCAAGAACGGCACCGCUGAGGCUGGCGGCGCUGCUGGUGGAGCCGGAGCCGGAGCCGGAGCCGGAGCUGGAGGUGCUGGCAAGAACGGCACCGCUGAGGCUGGCGGUGGAGCUGGUGGUGCCGGAGCCGGAGCCGGAGCCGGUGCCGGUGGUGCUGCUGGCGGCGCCCUUGUUCUGCCCGAUGGGCGCAUCAAGGCCGACGCGGUUCCCGAGGACUUCAAUGUCCUCGAGAGCGUGUUCAAGAGCGCCGUUGUCAAGGGAGACGGUCUCAAGUUCAGCGAUGUCAUCACCUUCCCUGAAGUAGAAGCGUCACUCUUCGAUAAAGCCAGCAACACAAAAGCCUUUGCCAUCAACAUCGACGACAAGUCCGUCUUCGUCCCCCAGGGCGGCGAGGCGCAGUCCAACAUCCGGCGCGCCGACCUGCUGCCCAGCAUCCGCUCCCAGCUGAACGACGUCGCCGUCACUGGCGUCCGCACCAUGCACUUCUCCGUGCAGCGCGACCCGGCCAAGCCCCUCAACGCGACCCACGACUACCAGAUCAUGAACCUCGAGUCCAAGGACUUCAGCUUCCACCAGGUCGACGUCCGCACCGGCGCCGACAACGGCAACGAGAUCGCCAUCUUUGGCAACUCCAAGACCACCCCGGCGCCCGCGAAGAUCUUCUCCGCCCCCUUUGGCGAGGGCCAGUUUGAGAACUUUGCCCUGAAGAUGGACUUCAACGCCAACACCGUCCAAGUGUUCCACAGCACCGGCCAAGCUCCCCUUCAGCAGGUCACCGAGCCCGUUGCCAACGACCUCGCCGGCCUCGGCGAAUACCACUUCUCCCUGCAGAAGAACGCCGUCGGAAACGCGCCCCAGCCCGCGGGUAUCCAAGAGGCGCUCUUCUUCGGUGGCAUCUUCAUGGAAGACUCUACUGAUGGCACCGUCACCCUUCAGUAA